UAGUUGGACAUCGCGCGAGGUCUAUUGCCUAAGCGCAAGGCCUCCUUAAAGUUCGAGGCCCUGGACGGUUGCUCGGUUGGUCCCCCUACGGCUACCACUAUCUACCGACAAAACAAGAUCGCAAGUGCAGACCUGGGAAAAGUCACAUGUUUAAAAAUAAAAUAUUAUAAUGCCGUCUUGGUCUGACUUUGAAAUCGAGCGUAUAUAGAUAAUAAUGACGGGCGAAUCGUUAUCAAUAUGUAGAAUUGAAACCAUCAACAUGGCUUUAAAGAAAGUCAAGGGAAAUUUUGAAAGAAUGUUCGAUAAAAACCUCACGGAUUUGGUCCGUGGUAUCAGAAAUAACAAAGAUAAUGAGGCAAAAUACAUAGCACAGUGUAUGGAAGAGAUAAAGGUUGAGUUACGACAAGAUAAUAUAGCCGUUAAAUCAAAUGCUGUUGCAAAACUCACAUAUCUACAAAUGUUGGGUUAUGAUAUAUCUUGGGCUAUAUUCAACAUUAUAGAAGUAAUGAGUUCAAACAAAUUUACAUAUAAGAGAAUCGGGUACUUAGCCGCAAGUCAAUCAUUCCAUGCUGAUUCAGAAUUGCUCAUGCUCACUACAAACAUGAUCCGAAAGGAUCUCAAUGCUCAAAAUCAAUAUGAGGCUGGGUUGGCACUCAGUGGUUUGAGUUGUUUUAUAUCCCAUGACUUGGCUAGGGAUCUGGCGAAUGACAUCAUGACACUGAUGAGCUCUACUAAACCUUAUUUGAGAAUGAAGGCUGUAUUGAUGAUGUAUAAAGUAUUUCUGAGGUAUCCUGAGGCUCUUAGACCAGCUUUUCCUAAAUUGAAGGAGAAAUUAGAAGACCCUGACCCUGGUGUCCAGUCAGCAGCGGUAAAUGUUGUAUGUGAAUUAGCCAGGAAGAAUCCUAAAAAUUAUCUGUCAUUAGCGCCCGUAUUUUUUAAAUUGAUGACUACCUCGACUAAUAACUGGAUGUUGAUAAAAAUCAUCAAAUUGUUUGGUGCCUUAACCCCAUUAGAGCCUCGGCUUGGCAAGAAACUGAUAGAGCCAUUAACUAAUUUAAUACAUAGUACGUCUGCAAUGUCGCUGCUGUACGAGUGCAUCAACACGGUGAUAGCGGUGCUGAUUAGCAUCAGCAGCGGCAUGCCGGGCCACGCGGCCUCCGUGCAGCUCUGCGUUCAGAAACUAAGGAUACUCAUAGAGGACACCGAUCAGAAUCUGAAAUACCUGGGCCUGUUGGCGAUGUCGCGGAUAUUGAAGUCUCAUCCGAAGUCGGUGCAAGCGCACAAAGAUCUGGUGCUGGCCUGUCUCGACGACAAGGACGAGUCAAUACGUUUAAGAGCCCUCGGACUUUUGUAUGGAAUGGUGUCUAAGAAGAACCUGAUGGAGAUAGUGAAGAAGCUGAUGGUGCACAUGGAGCGCGCGGAGGGCACGCUGUACCGCGACGAGCUGCUCACGCGCAUGGUCGAGAUUUGCGCGCAGAACAACUACCAGCACGUGCUCGACUUCGAGUGGUACGUCACCGUGCUCGCCGACCUCACCGAGAUGGAGACCAGCGCCAAGCACGGCGUGAUCCUGGCGGCGCAGCUGACGGAGGUGGGCGCGCGCGUGGCGGAGGUGCGCGCGUUCGCGGCGCGCGAGUGCGCGGCGCUGUGCGUGCGGGCGGCGGCGGCGCCCGGGCCCGCCUCGCGCGAGGUGCUCUACGCCGCCGCGUACGUGCUCGCCGAGUACUGCCAAGAAGAAGAAGUGAUGCGAGAGUCGGUGUCGCCGCUGCUGGUGUGCGCGGGCGUGGGCGGACCGCAGAUGCGUGCACGCGCAGUGUGCGUGCACGCCGCUUUCAAGCUCACCGCCAAACUGCUCGUUGUGUACGAACAACGAGGAGACAUGGAAGCUGCCGUCUCGGUAGUGCAGUCGUGCAUGGAGGGCAUGCGGCCGCUGCUGUGCAGCGAGGACAUGGAGGUGCAGGAGCGCGCGCACAACGCCACCGCGCUGCUCGCCGUGCUGCUGCGCCGGCUGCGACCCGACCUCGCGCCCGACCUCGCGCCGCACCUCGCGCCGCAACACGCGCCGCAACACGAGCCCGUCCUGCUCGUCGAACACGAACAAAGUAAUGGCUUCGAAAAACUGGAAGUUGAAAAUGAAAGUGGGAAUGACGGUGAAAAUCGAGAGUCAAGUUUUAGCGGCGGAUUGAUCGAAGAGCUUGCCGAUUUGUUCGACGGGGAACUUAAACCCGUGGCACCGAAAGCGCAGAAGAAAGUGCCCAUGCCAGCAGAUCUGAACCUGGAGCAGUGGCUGUCGCGCGAGCGCUGGUCGUCGGACAGCUCGAGCUCGGAGGAGGAGGGCGAGCCCGCCGCGCUGUUCUCGCCGCCGCAGCGGGACGCCAGGCCCACCGCGCAGUUCACGCCAGAGGAACUGCAGAUGUUGCGUGAAGCGCGACGCUUAGAGCAGGCGAACAACCCACACUACUUGAAGGACGACUCGCCACGCUCCUACCAACAAGAUGACAUUCCAGUCGCCGAGAUUGCACUCGAAGUACCCUUACAACUACACGCCAAGAGGUCCGACAAGUACUUAAAGACACGGGAGAGCUCAAGCAAAAGAAAAGGAAAAGCGUACGUCGAAAAACGACGAAGCAAAAAGGGAAAAAGUGAGUCGUGGUGCGGGUCGGCGGAGGCGGAGGGGUCGCGGCCGGCGGUGGCGGCGGGCGGCGAGCUGCCCGAGGGCGCGGCGCUGUCGGACGACGAGCCGCCGCGCCACGCGCGCGCCGACGACCCGCACGCCGCGCUCGACCUCGACCUCGACCGGCCGCUACGUGAAGACGAGCUGUUGACAUCUAGAAUACAGCAAUACCCUUCGCCGAACGCAGUUCUCCUUGACGAGAAGCCGAAACCGACAAAGAAAACCAAAAUCAACGCAAAAGACUCCGCGGAGAAGGUCAUUAAGAAGAAAAAAGACAAGAAGACUAAAAGACGCAAGGACGCAGACUUAAUGCUGCCAGAAGUGGCCAAAAACGAUGUAACCGAUGAUUUAAUAUUAACAGACAAUGAUAACACCAAUGGCAAAAAGUCUUCGAAAGAAAAUAUACCAGCCGAUGAAGAAUUCUUGGUAGUGCCGAAGGAUUCAAAGACUGAAAAACACACAAAAUCGAAGAAAGAUUCUAAGGCCAAGGAUUCCAAGAAAAAGAAAUCUAAGAAAGAUAAACACGAAACGAAAAUUGGUUAUGAAGAAGCGUUAGGUAUCUCUACUCCCAGCAAAGAAGUCAUUUAGUGUACAUAAUAUUAUAUAACACGAUUCUCAAGUCGCUCUAUUCAUGCUGUCUCAGUGCAAUUGUUUGAACAACAUCGUAAUUUUUAUUAUAAUAAGUUUAUUAUUACUCAUAAAAUAUAUAUACUUUAUUAUUAAGUUAGUACUUGUUUCCAUUUAUAUUUCAUAGCGAACAUGUCCAUUUAAUAUAUGUUAAGACUAUUGUAGUUACAUAUGAAAAUUAUAUAAUUAUUUGUAACAAUCAUGUACAGUUUUAUUAAAAAUGAUUUUAUCAAA